UCCCUCCUUUUUCUUUUCCUUCAUUAUUUUUUUAUAUUUCAGUUGUCAAAGUUGAGUACAGAAGUAGGAGAUGCACAAAUAUGGAGUUUCUUUUUUGUUAGUUAAUAUCUUUUUCAUGACCCAAGAUUAUUAAAAUUUAUGAUUACCCUUUUCUUGAUUUCAGUUUGAUACUUCCUUUUAUCUAUAUUUCUAUUUCCUGCUGAGUGUGAAAAAAGGAAGUGAGAGAGCGAUAAGGGGAAUAAGAAGAGAAGAGGAACUAACAAAGAAAUCAGCUUUUUCUUCUUCUUCUUCUUCUUCUUAUUAUUUUCUUUUUGUAUUUCUUAUGUGCAAAAACUCAAUUAAGAAACCACUUUGCACUAUUUUGUGAUAAAGAAAGAGAAAAGCCCGAGUAAGAGUGCGUGAGGGAGGUGGGUUUUCCGGAAAAAUGACUGCCGGUGGAUCAUCAGGAAGGUUACCCACGUGGAAGGAGAGAGAGAAUAACAAGAGAAGAGAAAGAAGGAGAAGAGCUAUAGCUGCUAAGAUAUAUUCAGGACUUAGAGCUCAAGGGAAUUUUAAGCUUCCUAAACAUUGUGAUAAUAAUGAAGUCUUGAAAGCUCUAUGUGCUGAGGCUGGUUGGAUUGUUGAAGAAGAUGGUACCACUUAUCGCAAGGGUUGCAAGCCACCCCCAACAGAGUUAACAGGCACUCCAACGAACAUAAGUGCAUGUUCCUCUAUACAACCCAGCCCACAAUCCUCCAAUUUCCCCAGUCCCGUACCUUCCUACCAUGCCAGUCCAUCAUCUUCCUCAUUCCCAAGCCCCACCCGGUUUGAGGGAAACCCCUCUACAUACCUUCUCCCAUUCCUACGUAAUAUUGCUUCAAUCCCUGCGAACCUCCCACCUCUUAGAAUAUCCAAUAGUGCUCCUGUAACCCCACCACUUUCUUCCCCCACUAAUAGAAAUUCAAAGAGGAAAGCUGAUUGGGAAUCCUUCUCAAAUGGGUCCCUAAAAUCAUUUUGCCAUCCUCUUUUUGCCCUCUCCGCUCCUUCCAGUCCUACGCGUCGCCAGCAUCUUACCCCGGCUACAAUACCUGAAUGUGAUGAGUCUGAUGCCUCCACUGUGGAUUCUGGCCGCUGGGUGAAUUUUCAGGCAGUUGCACCCCAAGUAGCUCCUCCUUCACCAACCUUUAAUCUUGUCAAAUCAGUGUCUCAACAGAGUGCUUUUCAAGAUAGAGUAGAUGGGCAUGGAGGAUUAGGCUGGGGACCAGCAGCAGAGCGGGGGAGAGUGUCAGAAUUUGAAUUUGAGAAUGCUAGGGUGAAGCCAUGGGAGGGUGAGAGGAUUCAUGAGAUAGGGAUGGAAGAUCUUGAGCUCACACUCGGGAGCGCAAAGGCUCAUGCUUAAGCUAGUGGAUAAUCUAUAAGCUUGGUAAUGCAGUGACAACAGCAAUAGCUGGAGUUUGCUGUGCAUUCCCAAUGGCAUACUUGGUCUAGAUUAGCCAAUUGAAUGCUAGCUAUUACUUGGGAUUUUAACUGCGAUUUAUGCAAUUGCUGGGAGAUCUCAAUUCUUAUUUGGCGCAUCCUAUAUUUCCUUUUAGAUGUACAGUGUGGUUUUCUGGGAGCCAUUGCAGGAAUUUAAUUAAUGUGAUUCAAUCGCUGUCGAGCAAAGAUUCUGGCUGGCUUCAUGGAAGGACUUAGGACCACAGAUUUUCUUAUGUGGAUAUUGCUGGAGCAGUUGUGUGGGAGGUUAUGUUCUUCCUACAUCUGUUCAUGUUAUGUUUAGAGUAUUUUUCUUCAAUUUUUCAUUGAUUAUAGUACCCUAUUUAAAUUACCGUUAGGAUGGUCUUUGAAGCAUCAAUCAAGCAUAUAGAGAUUGUGUAAUUUUCUUGUUGGGGAUUUGAGUUGUUCCAUAUACUCCGUAGACUUUGUAGAAAUCUAAACUCCAACCGUGAAGCUGAUCACUAGUUCUUAGUAGAUUGUGAGGAAAACUUUUUUUUUUUAA